GGACAAACCUCCAGGAGAGGAGGGGCCACAGAGCUGGGCUUGGUCCUGGGAGCUGCUCCUGCCAAGCUUCUGCUGACAUUGACUGGGUGGAAGGCACGGAAGCAGCCAGGUCCCAUCCUGCCCCUGGAGAGCUCUUUGCUAGGGGGACCCCCACAUCCCUGUCCACCGUCUGUGAGACAGGCAGUCCCUGGGGAAGGAGGGGAAAUGCCGCCUCUGUAGAGUGUGAGUCAAGGAUGAGAAGGGGUAGGGCCAGGCAGCAUGGGCCACAGAGUGAUGGGUGGGCUAGAGGCCACCUGCCCACGGCCACCUCUGCCACUCCAUGGUCCUUGCUCCCUAAAUGUCACACCAUGAGAUCCUUGGCACAGGCUUUCUCUGGUGCCUGGGCAUGAAGCCAUCAUCGCCCAGGUGGAGGGGCUAUGUUGUCAGAGUCAAGGCCCCAGGAGGAAACCCAGAGCCACCCCCUAACAAUUGUGUGACCGUAACCAAAUCAUCAGGCCUUAGAUUCCCUUUAAUUGGGGGUUAUAAUACCCACCCUCAGGUUCCUGUGCAGGUGAAGUGAGUCAAGGUGCACAAAACGACCUGGGUCCUAUUAGGUGCUUUCUGUCUUAGGAACACCUGAGCAACCUUUUCCUGCCUCCUCCUCCCCACACCAUGUGAGCUCAGGUGGGGCCUAGAACUCUCCUCCGCCCCUCCACUGCACGCACCCAGCUCAGCUGCCUCCUAUUUCUGGCCUCAGCCAAGGGCAGAGCCACCACGGGGUCCCCGAGUGCUUCUUGGCUCUUCUCAGUGCUGACAGGGGUUGGGGAUGAAUAAAGCGGAUAUGCACCCUGGCCAUCACGCCCAGUCACUGCCUGCCAACCCCAGGCUGGUCAGGAGUGGUUUCCUCUGUCUCUGUUUCCACCCACUCACACCUUCUCUCACCCCCACCCCUGCACGGCACAGCACAGCCCUGGGAAGAGCGCAGCAGGAAAGGGGGCCCCUGAGUUGCCCUGGGAGGAGGAAGUCAGAGCAGGAGAGACUGGGUACUGAGAGCAGGAGCAGGUGAGGACAGGCCAGCAGGAGGACGGGCUGGACCCGCUUAUUCUGGCUCCACACCAUCAGCUUGUGGUUUGAGUAAUUAUAGAGAAACAAAACAUGCCUGUGCUGCCCGUGGCUGAAGCCAAAUGUGCUUUCGUUCCUCGGGGAGACAGUGUGGAGGGGUAGGUAGCCCGGCUCUAAGAUCUGGCAGGCUUGGUCCCUCCCUCCCAUCUGCCGGGCAAGUGGAUGUCUGCUUCGUGGGUGCUGGGCACAGGAGGCCAGGGCCUGCUUGCAGUAGGGCUUUUGGCCCCUUAUGGUGAAAGCCGGCGAGUUCUGUAAAUGAAUGUUCGGGGUGCCUGGUGUUCUUGCCGAGUCCUUGAAGGGCCUGGCUCCCAAGGCUCCCAAGGUGAGGCGGCAGAGUGACCUCUGGGGCCCCUGGGGCAGCUGGGGCCCCUGCAGCCGGACCUGCGGAGGGGGCAUCAGCUUCCGGGAGCGCCCCUGCUACUCCCAGAGGACAGACGGAGGCUCCAGCUGCGUGGGCCCUGUCCGGAGCCACCGUUCUUGCCACACUGAGAGCUGCCCCACCGGUGCCAGGGACUUCCGGGCCGAGCAGUGUGCCCAGUUCGACGGCCAGGACUUCCAGGGAAAGCGUUACAAAUGGCUGCCCUACUACGGGGCCCCGAACAAGUGUGAACUGAACUGCAUUCCCAAGGGGGAGAACUUCUACUACAAGCACAGGGAGGCUGUCGUGGACGGGACGCCCUGCGAGCCUGGCAAACGGGACGUAUGUGUGGAGGGCAGCUGCCGGGCCGUUGGCUGUGACCACAACCUAGACUCAUCAAAGGAGGAGGACAAGUGUCUGCAGUGUGGGGGUGACGGCACCACCUGCUACCCCGUCACAGGCACCUUUGAUGCCAAUGACCUCAGCAGAGGCUACAACCAGAUCCUCAUAAUUCCCUCGGGGGCUACCAGCAUCCGGGUGGAGGAGGCGGCCGCCAGCAGGAAUUUCCUGGCGGUGAAGAGCAUCCGUGGCGAAUACUACCUCAACGGGCACUGGACCAUCGGGGGUGCCUGGGCCCUGCCUGUGGCCAGCACCGUCCUGCACUAUGAGCGAGGGGCCGAGGGGGACCUGGCGCCUGAGCGGCUCCUGGCUCGUGGCCCCACCUCAGAGCCCCUAGUCAUUGAGCUCCUCAGCCAGGAGCCCAAUCCAGGCGUGAGCUACGAGUACCACCUGCCCCUGGGCAGCCCCCGGCCCGGCUUCCACUGGAGCCACGGCUCGUGGAGUGACUGCAGCACCGAGUGCGGUGGAGGUCACCAGUCCCGCCCAGUGUUCUGCACCACUGACAACGAGGUCUACCCUGACCACAUGUGCCAGCCCCAGCUGCGGCCGACUGACCACCGCCCCUGCAGCACUCACCCCUGUCCGCAGACCAAGCGGACCUCUUACCUGCACCAGCCCAGAGCAUGGCACCUUGCUGGGGCCCAGCGUGCCUGCAGGAACAGCUGGAAGACGGGGCCCUGGUCGCCCUGCUCAGCCUCCUGUGGCGGCGGCUCCCAGUCCCGCUCUGUCUACUGCGUCUUGUCCGAUGGGGCCGGCGUCCAGGAGGCCACUGAGGAGGCCGGGUGUGCAGGCCUGCCCGGGAAGCCCCCCACUGUGCGGCCUUGCAACCUGCAGCGCUGUGCAUCCUGGAGCGCGGAGCCCUGGGGAGAGUGUUCUGUCAGCUGUGGUGCCGGGAUCCGGAAGCGGAGUGUCACUUGCCGGGGCGACGAGGGGUCUCUGCUCCAGGCGACAGCGUGCCCCUUGGAGGACCGCCCCCCCGUCUCUGAGCCCUGCGCGCAUGAAGACUGUCCCCCCGUCAGCGACCAGGCCUGGCAUGUGGGCGCCUGGGGUCUAUGCUCCAAGAGCUGCAGCUCGGGCACUCGGCGUCGCCAGGUCGUCUGUGCCCUCGGGCCGCCCAGCCGCUGUGGGAGCCUGGCGCAGUCCAAGCCUGGGGAGGUGGAGCCCUGUAACACACAGCCCUGCCACCUUCCUCCAGGCGUCCCCAGCAUGCAGGACAUGCACAGCAGCCCCGGGGAUCCUCGCAUAUCUCUGGGACCUCAGGCGGCCCCCACCUCAGAUUCCAGAGGCCAGUGGUGGGCCCGUCAAGAGCAGCCCUCGGCCCAAGGAAUCCCCACAGGAGCCCAGGGCCUCCACCUGCCAGCCCCAGCCCCCUCUUUUCAGCAAUCCCCACACAGACAGUCUGGCUUGGCACCCCACGACUGCAGACUCAGCCCCUAUGGGUGCUGUCCUGACGGCCACACUGUAUCUCUUGGGCCACAGUGGCAGGGCUGUCCUGGGGCCUCAUGUCAGCAGAGCAGGUAUGGGUGCUGCCCUGAUGGGGUGUCUGUGGCUGAGGGGCCCCAUCAAGCUGGCUGUGCAGCAUCUUACAGCAGUGAUAAGACCGGGAGAAGGCCGGUGUCGAGAGCAGUGGCUUCCACAUCUGGGUUUCCUCCGCAGGCUCCCAAGGCCCACCAGCCCCAGGCUCAGCAGAAGGAGCCCAGUGAGUGCCAGGGCUCCCGGUUUGGCUGUUGCUAUGAUAAUGUGGCCUCUGCUGCUGGUCCUCUUGGGGAAGGCUGUGUGGGCCAGCCCAGCUAUGCCUACCCUGUGCGGUGCCUGCUGCCCAGUGCCCAUGGCUCCUGCACGGACUGGGCCGCCCGCUGGUACUUCGUCCCCUCCGUGGGCCAGUGUAACCGCUUCUGGUAUGGCGGGUGCCAUGGCAACGGCAAUAACUUUGCCUCCGAAGAGGAGUGCGUGAGCAGCUGCCGGGGACGUCAACAGGAGCCCCCCAGACCUGAGCCUGGGGCCUCUGGCCAGAGCACCCAUAGAGACGGUGGUGGCAGCGGUCCUGGAGGCCAGCAAGAGGCCGGCGGGCACAGGACGGGGGCCACAGUCCAGACGAGGCCCUUGCCUUCUGGUGGCCUCUGGUGGCGAGACCGAGAGCCUGGGCCUGGAGAGGAGGGCCACGCCCAGGCCUUUGGAGAGAGGCCCCUGGGCCAGGAGCUUGGGCCCAGUGCCCCUGGACUGGGCGGAGAUGCCGGGAGGCCAGCGGCGCCCUCCCACAGCUCUUCCUACAGGAUCAGCUUGGCAGGCUCAGAGCCGGCCCUGGUGCAGGCGGCCCUGGGGCACUUAGUGCGCCUCUUCUGUCAAGACGACACCUCCCCGGAGCCCCAUGCCAGGUGGCAGAAAGAUGGGCGGCCCAUCUCCUCUGACAGGCACAAGCUGCAGCCCGAUGGCUCCCUGGUCAUCAGUCCCCUGCGGGCAGAGGACACUGGCACCUACAGCUGUGGCAGCAGCAGGCCAGGCCGUGACUCUCAGAAGAUCCAGCUUCGUGUCACAGGGGGUGACGUGGCCGUGCUGUCUGAGGCUGAGCCAAGGCACUUCCCUCAGACCAGGGACCCAGCCCAGGGCCACAGUCCUCGGGAGUCCAGCCUAGUGGGGAACGCGGGGGGCCUGGGGGCUGUCUCCUCCUUGCAGAUUCGGCCCACGACCAGGCUGCUUCUGGACAGGAACCAGCCUAGGGUGGUGGACGCCCGUCCAGGUCAGCGGAUCCGGUUGACCUGUCGUGCUGAGGGCUUCCCACCCCCAGCCAUUGAGUGGCAAAGAGAUGGGCAGCCCCUCUCUUCCCCCAGACACCAGCUGCAGCCCGAUGGCUCUCUGGUCAUCAGCCACGUGGCUCCGGAAGAUGGCGGCUUCUAUGCCUGUGUCGCUUUCAACGGGCAGGACCGAGACCAGAGAUGGGUCCAGCUCAGAGUUCUGGGGGAGCUGGCCAUCACAGAGCUGCCCUCUACUAUGCUGGUGCCAGAGGGUGACACGGCCAGGCUGCUAUGCGUGGUGACAGGAGAAAGUGUAAACAUCAGGUGGUCCAGGAAUGGGCUGCCGGUGCGGGCCGACGGGCAUCGAGUCUACCAGUCCCCAGAUGGCACACUGCUGAUCCACAACCUGCAGCCCAGAGACGAGGGCUCCUACACGUGCAGUGCCUACCGUGGAAGCCAGGCAGUCAGCCGCAGCACGGAGGUGAAGGUGGGCCCGCCGGCACUGGCAGCCCAGUCCAGGGACCUCAGCAGGGAGUGUAUGGAUCAGCCUGAGCUGGCCAACUGUGAUUUGAUCCUGCAGGCCCAGCUCUGUGGCAACGAGUAUUACUCCAGCUUCUGCUGUGCUAGCUGUUCCCGCUUCCAGCCUCACGCUCGGCCUGUCUGGCAGCAGGGAUGAGGGCUAGCUCCAGCCCCAGUCCUGAAGCAAGUCUCGGGCUGCUGUCUCUGGCUGGCAAAGGGAGCGAUCUUCUAGAGAAUGGGCUCUUUCAGCCCCCGACCCCCUGACCCCCCCAGCCCCCCCCCCACCCCCACCCCACAGUGCUGUGCCUCAGCAGCAGACAGCACCUGCCUCGCUUCCGACACUACAGGCAGCGGUCAAGAGGAGUCUGCUUGGAUAAGGACACCCUUUACUUUACGGCUUCCUUCUAUAAUUUCUGUUAUACAGGAUCAAUUCACUGGGUUCUAAAGCAAGCUACCAGGGUUCUCACUUCAUUUAAAGCUAACUCUUGCUGUGUCAGGCAAGUUUCUUUGCUAGAACUCCAUCUCAUCUAGUGUCAAACAGUGGUCCAUUACUCUAGUCAACCUCCCCCUUCCAGGUAGUGUAGCAACCAGCUUCAACUCGCAUCUGUACAUACAGUUAAUGGCAUGUUUGUGAAGCUCUUGCCAAAGUGGAACACGACACGUAAGGCUCAGUACAGGGAUGUGGGAUGAAGGAGCGGCAGCUGCGUUAUUGUGUGAGCGUGACAGGAUGGGGCCGGGGUCGGGGGGAGCUCCUUACUUUCAUCAGAAGCUGGUGCCUGAAGCCCUUCUCCUGAGGCUGACCUGCAGAGCCUGGUGGUGAGGAUUGCCUCACACCUGCAUCAAGCUGACAGACCUGUUCUGUACAGUGACCAACUGGGAGCCUCUCUUCCCCAAGCAGGAAUCUGUGAAGCAAAAUGUUUGCUUCCAGAUAAAAAUCAGACUAUUAAAAACAGGCAGCAGCAGGAUAGGGGACCAAUGGAGGAGAAGGCAAUGUAUUAACAAUGAAGGGAUUUCAGUUGGAAGAAAUCCUUCUCCAUCCCUCAGAACCUCCGGUUCCUUGCUGCUAAACAAGAGGCCUGGAUUCAAUGAGCUUCCAGGUCCCUUUCCACUUUAACCUUCUACCCAUCCUCCAGUAGACUGGCUGGGCUAAGCCAAGGCUAAGCGACAGGUUAUUCUGGGUCACAGGAAAGACAGGCAUUAUAGGGAAAACUGACUUUUAUUACCAACGCACUGGCUGGAAAAGAGACAAACUGCAUCAUGGGUGAGUGAUACUUCUUCGUCUACCUCUCAUUCAGCACAGGAAACAUGGGUUAGGGGCAGAGGUAGUUUUUUCUUUCCAUU